ACUCUCUUUAGGGGAAGGGUCCCCAUCCCACCUCAUCAUGUCUCGUCGAAGCCAGCGCCUCACGCGCUACUCGCAGGGGGACGACGAUGGCGGCAGCAGCAGUGGCGGGAGCUCGGUGGCGGGGAGCCAGAGCACACUGUUUAAAGACAGUCCUUUCAGGACCCAGAAGAGGAAAUCCAGCAACAUGAAGCGCCUGUCCCCAGCGCCACAGCUGGGCCCCUCGGACACGCACACCUACUACAGCGAGUCCGUGGUCCGGGAGUCCUACUUUGGCAGCCCCCGGGCCGCCUCCCUUGCCAGGAGCUCCAUCCUCGAAGACCAGCUGCAUAGUGACCCCUAUUGGAGUGAGGACCUGCGGGUGAGGAGGAGGAGAGACACAGGCGGCACCGAGAACAGCAAAAUCAACGGGCUGGUAGAGGCCAAGCUCUCCGAGGACUUCCUUGGGUCCUCCUCUGGCUACUCCUCUGAGGAUGACUACGGAGGAUACUUGGAAACGGACCCGCGGAGUUCAGGUUCACGGCUGAGGCACGCUGUCUCUCGGGCAGGCUCUUUUUUAUGGACGGUGGUCACAUUUCCAGGCCGGCUCUUUGGACUCCUCUACUGGUGGGUAGGCACCACCUGGUACCGCUUGACGACAGCUGCCUCCCUCCUUGAUGUCUUCGUUUUAACCAGGCGCUUCUCAUCCCUGAAGACAUUUCUGUGGUUCCUCUUACUGCUGCUGCUCCUGACUGGCCUGACCUACGGUGCCUGGUAUUUCUACCCCUACGGGCUGCAGACAGUCCAGCCUGCCGUGGUUUCCUGGUGGGCAGCGAGGGGCGGUGGCUGGCAGCAUGGAGUGUGGGAGUCCAGAGACUCAGCCCCACAUUUCCAGGCCGAGCAGCGCAUUCUGUCCCGGGUGCACUCUCUGGAGCGGCGUCUGGAAGCUCUUGCUGCUGAACAUUCCGCCAGCCGGCAGAAGGAGGCCAUGCGCCUGGACCGCUUGGAGCUGCGGCAGGGGGCUACUGGUGAGGGAGGUGGUGGCAGCCUGAGCCAGGAGGACACCCUGGCACUCCUGGAGGGGCUGGUGAGCCGCCGAGAGACUGCACUGAGGGAGGACUUCCGCAGGGACACCACUGCCCAGAUCCAGGAAGAACUAGUCACCCUGAGAGCAGAGCACCAACAGGACUCAGAAGAUCUCUUCAAGAAGAUUGUCCGGGCCUCCCAGGAGUCCGAGGCUCGACUCGAGCAGCUAAAGUCUGAGUGGCACAGGAUGACCCAGGAGUCCUUCCGGGAGAACUCCAUGAAGGAGCUGGGGCGGCUGGAGGGCCAGCUGGCAGGCCUGCGUCAGGAGCUGGCAGCCCUGACCCUGAAGCAGAACUCGGUGGCGGACCAAGUGGGCCUGCUGCCCCAGCAGCUCCAGGCCGUGAGGAACGACGUGGAGUCUCAGUUCCCUGCCUGGGUCAGUCAGUUCCUUCUUCAAGGAGGGGGAACCCGCACUGGUCUCCUUCAGCGAGAGGAGAUGCAGGCUCAGCUGCAGGAGCUGGAGAGCAAGAUCCUCACCCACAUGGCCGAGAUGCAGGGCAAGUCGGCGAGGGAGGCUGUGGCCAGCCUGGGGCUGAGGCUGCAGAAGGAAGGUGUGAUCGGGGUGACAGAGGAGGAGGUGCACCGCAUUGUAAACCAGGCCCUGAAGCGCUACAGUGAGGACCGCAUUGGGAUGGUGGACUACGCGCUGGAAUCGGGAGGGGCCAGUGUGAUCAGCACCCGAUGUUCUGAGACCUAUGAGACCAAGACGGCCCUCCUCAGCCUCUUUGGCAUCCCCCUGUGGUACCACUCCCAGUCUCCUCGAGUCAUCCUCCAGCCAGAUGUGCACCCAGGCAAUUGCUGGGCCUUCCAAGGGCCCCAGGGCUUUGCUGUGGUUCGCCUUUCUGCCCGCAUCCACCCUACUGCUGUCACCUUAGAGCAUGUGCCCAAGUCCUUGUCACCCAACAGUACCAUCUCCAGUGCCCCCAAGGACUUUGCUGUCUUUGGGUUUGAUGAAGACCUGCAGCAGGAGGGGACACUUCUUGGCCAGUUCACCUACAACCAGGACGGGGAGCCCAUCCAGACAUUUUAUUUUCAGGACCCGAAAAUGGCCACAUACCAGGUGGUGGAGCUGCGGAUCCUGACUAACUGGGGCCACCCUGAGUACACCUGCAUCUACCGCUUCAGGGUGCACGGGGAGCCUGCCCACUAGGCCUUCCCUGUGCUGUUGCCAGCCAGCUGGGAGGCCAGCCGUGCCCUCUUCUCUGGGAGUGAGAGCAGCACCCUACCAUUCCCCCCACAUGCUUGAUCAGUGCACUGACUUCCAGUAGCAAGAAUGGUCAGUGGACAUGAGAAAGAACAUGCAGGGCUUUCCUAGCAGCAGUGGCUGGAGGGGCACAGCUGGCUCCAGUGUCUUUCCAUCCUUCAUUCUUGUGCCAGGCACCAGGCGUCUCCUUCCCCCUCCUGGGAGGAUGUAUAUAUGUAGCAUAUCAUGUGGGACUGAGGCAGGAGAGGUGAUGAGUGGCCAUCCAGCAGUUGUGGGUAAGACCUGACUGCCCCUUGCCCACACUGGAGAGGCUGGCACCCAGGAAGCUCUGUCAGGAGGUAUAUGAAUAAUGCACAUGCUAAAGCCACAGGCGGCAAAAGCUAGGGCCUGGGGCAGGGAAUUGAGGCCCUAUAGGAGGAGGGUGCUCACAGUACCAGUUGGGACUGGGCAGCAGGCAGGAAGCUCCUGGUAGAGGGUAGCUGGGCUCUUAUAGAAACCAGUGCCAUCAACCCAGGGGAGCUUGGCCCACAAGGUCCUCAGAGGGCUUCUAUACACUGUAUUUGUCCUGGGUUGAGGUGGGCCAUGGGGCUUAUUGUACCCAAGGUCUGGCUCCUGUAAGCCUCUGAGGGUCCUAGGCCAGCCCUGUAGAAUCCCCUCUGCUGGGGAGACUAGUUGCUUUUUUUCUUCUGAUGCUGGAACUGGGGUGUGCCUGCCUGAGUGUUUGCCACAUUCCCCCUGAAUGCAGGGAGCCCAGACCUGUCCUCUGAAGCUGUAGGCAUCUGGGAGAGUGGAGCAGGGAACUCCCUGGGCUCUCCUGGUAACCCAGUGAUGACUCAGUGAUAUUCAGGGUAUCAUGGCGGGAGGUCUGGCUGCCUUGUGGGCCCUGCCCCCACCCAAUCACAAUCAGGCUCCCCGGUGUAAGGGGCCCUCACCCUCAGCCACAGUUUUGGGGCUCUUUCAGCUCUUGCUCAAUGGUUUUCCUUCUGGCUUUUUUUCUAUGGGGGGUGGGGAAGGGGACUGGGGAGGGCAGGGGCCUGAGGAAGGGUUUUUUGACCCAGCAGGUCCUGCUGUAUUAUGUAAACAUUUUUCAAGGUCUAUUUUUUAACUGAAAAGUUAAGGGCUUGAUUCCUAGCCCCGUUCUGUGGGGCAUUGGGUGAUUUUAGUUCCUUAUAACCCGGCUGCCAAGAGGGGCUGCCAUGUGGGCAGGUGCCCUUGGGAGGAAGGCUAAGCCCUGACUGGGCUCCCGUGGGACUAAGCUGGGAUGAAGGCGAGUCCCAGGCCACCCUGUGCUCCUCCAGCACCGGCCCCUGCACAGCCUCUGCCCCAGCUCUUUUGUCACAAAUGCUGCACUAUUGGGUUCUUAAUUUUUUAUCUCCAGAUUCUAAUUUAUGCCUAUGCAAAAAAUAAAUUAUGCCCAGGACUAA